AUGGCACUGAGUGAAAACUGCAAAACGCAACCUGCAAAAGAGCAAGGCUCGGUGCAAAACCCUCCAUCGGAUGUCAUUGAGCUGAAUGUGGGUGGACAGGUGUAUUACACUCGCCAUGCCACACUAGCGAGCUUCCCCAAUUCCUUACUUGGGAAGCUGUUCUCCAACAAGAAGGGGUCUUCUAAUGACUUGGCCCGGGACCUCAGAGGACGCUAUUUCAUCGACAGAGAUGGCUUUCUGUUCCGGUAUGUAUUGGAUUACCUCAGAGAUAAGCAAGUUGUCCUGCCUGACCACUUCCCUGAGAGAGGAAGGUUGAAAAGAGAGGCGGAAUACUUCCAGCUGCCGGAUCUGGUCAAACUUUUGAGCUCCGAAGAGUCAAAGCAGAUCGCAGACGAGUUGUGCUACAGUGAUUUGGAUGACGCGUCGCAGGGCAGCGACCAGAGGUUUUACCCCUCUUACUCCCUGGACAGGAGGUAUGGCUACAUCACGGUGGCGUUGAAAGCCGUGUGCGCUGCGGGGGGCAAGGAGAGUAACACCGAUGCAAAGGCCAAAAAGUUGCCGCGGAUCUUCGUCAGCAGCCGGAUCGGCUUGGCGAAGGAGGUGUUCGGAGACGCCCUGAACGAGAACCGGGACGCGGACCGACCACCGGACCGCUACACCUGCAGGUUCUACCUCAAGUUCAAGCACCUGGAGCGGGCGUUCGACAUGCUGUCAGAGAGCGGCUUCCACAUCGUGGCCUGCAACUCGUCCCUGACUGCGUCCCCCGUCGGGCAUUACGCGGAUGACAGGGUCUGGUCCAAUUACGCACACUACAUCUUCUACCGUGGGCCCUCAAAGUGGUCAUCCUCUCACUGCGACUGCUGCUGCAAGAGCCAUAAAAGUGAGCGCGAAGGCGAAAGCGGCACUUCCGUCAACGACCUCUCAACUUCCUGUUCCGAGACCCAAUCGGAGGCCAGCUCCCCUCAAGGGACCGUGAUCUGCGGCCCUGUGAGACGGAGGACCAACGUCCAGACGCUGGACCGCCCCAUGCCCAAAGGACCAGGUCACAUGCUGCAGCACGCCGAGAUGCGCCGCAAGACUGACAUGCUCCGCGUGAGAACCUUCGGGGUGCGGGAGCGAGAUGCCGCGAAGAGGAAAGCGAAUAGGGACAGGAUGACUCCAGAGCAGGAGCUGGAUAAAUGCAUCCAGGACUUCCGGCGCAUUAGGAUUCCAGAUCGCUUUCCGGAGAGGAAGUACAUGUGGCAAUCAGAUCUUCUGAGAAAGUAUCGUCUCUAA